AUGGCAAAACUCACCCUUUUUGCAGCAAAUUUGGUGGUUCUUUUUGCCGUGGCUGUGGCCUUUGACUUCAGUACUCUGAUCCCAGAUCUCAAGACUCUAGACGUAUUCAAAGGAAAAGCACCUAGUUGUGAGAAAGAAAUGCAGAAGCAGCAGCUUGACUUCUGCCAAAGAUACCUUCAAGAGAGCAGCAGAUUCCAACCAUCAUUCACGGUUGUUCAUCAAGCUUCAAGUUGGCGUGAAGCAUUCAGGCAAUGUUGUGAGCAAUUGGAGAAGUUCUCUAAGAAAUGCAGAUGUGACCCUAUAAGACAGAUAGUUCUGCAGCAAAUGCAAGGGGAGCAAUUAGAAGGAAUUGAGAGGCAAGAAAUGUUGCAGACUGCACAGAGUCUUCCUAAUUUGUGCCGAAUCAAAAAAGCACAGCCUUGUAAUAUACCUACAUCUUUGGCUUCAUUUUAGGGCACUUCUAUGCAAAAUAUUCUAUGCAAAAUAUUCUAUGCAAAAUAAUCAAGUA